AUUUAGCGUCUUCCAACACUGCCAGUUAAAAAGUUGCACUCCACCAAACAUCUCAAUCUAACCAGGCGAAUUUUGCCAAUAAACGAAUAAUGAACCGCACGGCAAUCUCCCGGGAACGGAAGGCAGAAAAAAUACUUCACGUUUUUACGACAGAGAAUGGAACUACGAUGUUCUUGAUCAAGUUCAAGGACUCGCCCCUGGUGGAACAGGUUCCAGCUAUCGAGGCCAACGUACGCUUUUCCCAAAUGGUGAUCGACUUCUACGAGGACCACCUAUCCUUCCCACCGCCCGAAUCCCGGAAAAGCAAUCCGAGAAAGAGAAAAGCCAGCGAGAAUGAUUUAUAAUUAAAUUCAAUUAUGCAGCAAACGAAACGAUGUGUUUGGAUG